AAAAUGAUGCGCAGUAGAAUUAUUUUAUUUCCGUAAAAAUCACAGGUGUCAGCAGAAUUUCACAGGUGUCAGCAGAAUUCGUGAUCACCUUUACAAUAGGUUAGGAAAAUGGCGUCUAAUUAUAAUGAUGCACAGACUAACAGCAUUCUCGAGGCUGCUGAUUCAACUAUGGGGAAACUCCUCUUCCCAAUACAUUGUCCCAACUCCAACUUCACAAGCCGUAUAAAGGACCUAUGGCAAGACGAUGUCUUCUGUGACAUAACAUUAUCAGUUGAUGGAAAACAAUUUAACUGCCACAAAAUAAUCUUGGCUGCCAACUCGCCCUAUUUUCACUCGUUGCUGUCAAACGGAAUGUCAGAAACAUCAAAAAAAGUUGUUGAACUAAAAGAUAUUUCCAGCCAUGCAAUGGAAAACAUUCUCAACUAUAUUUACUUCAAAAAUACAUCAAUAGGAGUGACUGAGGCAAUUGAAAUGUUGAAGACUGUUGACAUGCUUCAAAUUGAUAACAGCUUGAGAAGCCAUUUGAUGAAUUAUCUCAUAAAACAUGUUGCUGAUGAUAACUGUCUUGAUAUUUUAAACUUAACCAGCUGCAUUAAACUCCCUGGCCUUUGGAAAGUCGCAAAAGAACAUGCUUUAACAAACUUCAAAACAGUUUGGCGAACCGAUGGAUUGUUGGAUUUAUCAAAAGAUGUCCUCAGUGGGUACCUGGGUGAUGAUGGUUUGUUACUUGAUAAAGAGGAAAAUAUUUUCAACUCUGUGUGUCGAUGGAUUGAAGCUGACUUCCAAAUGAGAAAGCAGUAUGCAGGAGAGCUUUUCAAGACUGUGCGAUUUUGCUUUAUUGAGCCAAAUAUUCUGAUUGAUGAUAUAGAGGUGCAUCCUUUCAUGGAAGAGUUCUCCAGUCUUCGCAAGCAUGUCAUGACUGCCUUACGUCAUCAGACGACACCAUGCUACCAACACCAGGAACACUAUUAUAAGUGCAAGCCAAGGAUGUGCAACAUUACCAUUUGUCUUGUAAAUCCCAGAAAAAGAGGAUAUAACCUUGUAGGACGUUUAACGAAUAAAAACUCUCCAGUUUGCGUGAGGAAACUCUCAUAUGACACAAUCAAUUCAAGAGAGCAUAUUAACAUUAGUAAGAUCUCACGUUCCUGCCUAGUUGGGAGAACACUUUUCGUUUGUGAUGGCACCAAUUUAUGUAAAUAUACAUUCAACCAAGAAACUGGACCGUACCCUGAUAAAGGUUGGCAGAAAUGUACAAACCGCACACAACAAGGAAACAUAAGUGAAUUCACAUUCACUCUUUGUGGUGACUACAUUUAUUUGAUUGGGGGAGAACAUCACGAGACAGGUGUAAGUUCAAUCAUAGAUACCUACAAUUGGCAGAAAGAUCUCUGGGAGGUUCCCGAUGGAUUUGGUGUUGCAUUACUUCAUCCAGUUCGCUCCCACACAGCAGUGUCAUUAAAUAGUUCCAUCUAUAUUUUUGGAGGAUCUAAUGCUGCUGGAAAAAUCUCAAAAUUUUUACAGAUUUAUAACACGCGGGAUGGUCGGAUAUCAAUGGGUCCCAUGAUGCUUCAUUCUCAGUACUAUAGUACAGCUGUGUGUUACAAUGAUGAGAUCUACAGCUUCUCUUCCAAACAAGUCAUGAAAUAUACACCUGCAGAAUCAAAAUGGACUCAGCUUAGUAUACCCUUACCCCCUCUUGCAAUACCUAUGGUGUACCCCUCAGCAACAGUCUUUGGGAAGAACAUCUUCAUAUUUGGGGGACUCGCCACAAAGGAUCAAGCAGACUGCAACACGUUUGAGUAUGACAUCACCAAAGAUAGCUAUACAAAGGUUAACUCUUUUAAACCAGCAUUUAUGCUUGAUGGUAUUGCCACUCUUGUACACAACAAUCAUCUUAAGUGGUUAUAAUUAAUGAACAAAAAGCCCUGGUGCUGCAUUCUUUCAGUUGCUUCAAGUAAACCACAAAUGCAUCAUGAGUCUAAGAAUGCUAUGGAAAUAUUGGAAAAUGUGCAUGCCAAAAUUGAAUUUUCCCAGGGGUUUAAGUUGGGACUUCAUGAUAGCUGAAUAUUCCCUGAAUGGUGAGUGCAUGUUCUUUUAACUCACUUUGACAUGGGUGGAAUAUUUUUGGAUAAUCAAUGAAAGAACAAGUCAAGUACCACAGUAUGUAAUAAUACUGCAUGAUAUAAUUAUACAUAUUUUGUAUAUAAGAAUAGAUCGAGUAAAGAUAUAAGGGUCAUUCAUCAAACGUCAAUGUAUGGGGCUAUUUCGACAUUGGCUUAUAAUUUCAAUCUACGCAGUCUGUCAUGUUUUUUUGAAAUCUCAAAAAUAAAUGUAAAUCGCC